AUGGCCUUUCGAACCGGGUCCUUCGCGACCUUCCUCAUCGUCUGCCCAACGGCCUUCUUCCUCGGGAUAAUCUUCUCCCUCUUACCUUAUGACUACCCAAUCCUCUGGUCCAACCACCCCACCCCCCCAACUCACUACGACUACUUCGAAGCCCACCUCCGCUUCCUGCACGCCUCGCCGCCUCUCAUCCCCCGCAUCCUCCACAUCGUCAUCUUCCUCGGCCUUCUCGGUCUCAUCUUGAAACUCUAUAAGCCUUCCGAAUCCAAUAUGCUCUUUGAUGGCGCGUCGCUGGUGCUCUAUAUGUGUGGGAUUACGGUGUACAUUGCGAAUAUCGUCAAGGGGUUGCGGUUGGUGAGUGCCGGCAAAUAUGGGGAGGAUUUGGCCAGUAAUGAGGAGGAGAAGGGCCAGAUUUUAGGACGGGAGGAUUCGUUGAAGGUUCUGGCGGCUAGCAAUACGAUUCUGGCGCUGGUGUUGAUUGGAGUGUUGGUGUUGCAGGCGGGGCAGUGGUAUGCGGAACGCAAGGAUGCGCAGGAGGUGGAGGAUAUGAAGGGGAAGAAGGCUUCUUCUGCUUCUGCUUCUGCUGGGCAGGGGGAGGCUGAGGGGGUUAGUUCCGGGGUGACGAAGGGGAAGGGUGGGGCGAAGAAGAGGAAUUGA